UUGGUUUCUGCAAUUCAUUGAUGCUAUUGACGUUUCAUUUUGGGGGCGGGUAUCGAAGUUUAAUCAUUUUAUAAUUAAAAUAGUUUAGAAUAAAAUGGUAGUAUUAGAUCUCUUAUAUUAGAUUUCAUGAAAUUAGUACAUAGUGGAGUCUCGAUGAAUGCCUUUUGGCUGUACUAGCUUACGCUUAGGUCAAGAUGAUUGGAGGCUUAUUCGUCUACAACCAUAAAGGCGAAGUAUUAAUCUCGAGGGUAUAUCGAGAUGAUAUAGGACGGAAUGCCGUGGAUGCAUUCAGGGUGAAUGUUAUCCACGCCAGGCAGCAAGUGCGGUCGCCCGUCACGAACAUCGCUCGCACGUCCUUUUUUCACAUAAAGCGUGCCAACAUCUGGUUGGCAGCGGUGACCAAGCAAAAUGUGAACGCCGCAAUGGUGUUUGAAUUCCUGCUCAAGAUUAUUGAUGUAAUGCAGUCAUACUUCGGGAAGAUCUCCGAAGAGAACAUAAAGAAUAACUUUGUUCUUAUUUACGAGCUGUUGGAUGAGAUCUUGGAUUUUGGUUAUCCUCAGAACUCGGAUACCGGAGUUCUCAAGACUUUUAUUACUCAGCAGGGCAUUAAAUCUGCUUCCAAAGAAGAACAGGCGCAGAUCACUUCACAGGUGACGGGACAGAUUGGUUGGCGUCGCGAAGGCAUUAAGUACAGACGUAAUGAAUUGUUCCUUGAUGUGUUGGAGUAUGUCAACCUACUCAUGUCUCCUCAAGGUCAAGUGCUGUCAGCCCAUGUGGCAGGCAAGGUGGUCAUGAAGUCCUACCUCUCCGGAAUGCCUGAGUGCAAAUUUGGCAUCAACGAUAAGAUUGUUAUGGAAGCUAAAGGCAAGGGGAAUGGUGGUAUAUCUGGCAACACCGAUAGCGAAGGCGCUCGCUCUGGCAAGCCAGUGGUAGUCAUCGACGACUGUCAGUUCCAUCAAUGUGUGAAACUCAGCAAAUUUGAAACCGAACACUCCAUUUCAUUCAUACCACCUGACGGAGAGUUUGAAUUAAUGAGAUAUCGUACUACUAAAGAUAUUUCUCUGCCGUUCCGUGUGAUACCGCUGGUGCGUGAAGUUGGCCGCACUAAGAUGGAAGUGAAGGUAGUACUGAAGAGCAACUUCAAGCCGUCCCUGCUCGGACAAAAGAUUGAGGUUAAGAUCCCAACUCCGCUGAAUACCAGCGGAGUUCAGUUGAUUUGUCUUAAGGGAAAGGCUAAAUAUAAGGCUUCGGAGAAUGCUAUUGUAUGGAAGAUAAAACGUAUGGCUGGCAUGAAGGAAACUCAACUGUCCGCUGAGAUAGAACUGCUAGAAACUGACACUAAGAAGAAAUGGACUCGACCACCCAUCUCUAUGGGCUUUGAGGUGCCGUUUGCACCUUCUGGAUUCAAGGUUCGUUAUUUGAAGGUGUUUGAACCCAAGUUGAAUUACUCUGACCACGAUGUGAUCAAAUGGGUGCGAUAUAUCGGCCGCUCCGGACUUUACGAAACACGAUGCUAGGCACACCACUACGAGUACACCAUUGCUGAAACUUCUGUAACGGAUCAGACGAUACGGCGUGUUAGACAUUUUGUAUAUAAUUUGUCGCAAUAUAUACAUGAGAUUCUUUUAGCAGAAUUAUAUAUAAUUUCUUAUAUAAAUGUAUACAUUACUUUGAAUUAUACAAUUAUUUUUUUUUUGAAUCUCAGAAAGGA